GAACAGUCCAGAUCAGGCAGCUGAGGGAAGGGAGGCCUCUGCUGUUUGUUGGGAUGCUUGGGCAUUUUUGCCCUCCAGGGAAUGAGGACUGAUCCUGACAGGUGGUUAACAUUGCAAAUAAUGGGAAUAAUUAUGGGUUUCUCAAGUUCCAUCCCUGUCCACCAGACUGCUUUUCAAGUCCAGACCAUUGUGGAUCCCCUUCCUGCCAGUCCUCACUCCACAGCCAGAGCGACUGCAGAUGCUAACCCCUCCUACCUGCCUGUCAUUUCUUCCACCCUAGGGCCUUUGCACAUGCUAUUCCGAUUCCUAGAACUCUGAGCUGCCUGACUCGUCCUGUUCCUCUCAGCUCAGGCAAGCUGGUCCCAUCCCCUCGGUCCCUCCAUUGUCUGCUGCCACAGCACUGUUCUCAAGUUAACCUGGGAAGCACUAGGCUGGAAGCUCCUAACACUAGUCCUUGAGGAAGGGGUCAGGUCUUGAUUUCCAUCUCCCAGCCCCUGCUGUUUCCCUCAAAUCUUGGGCCUCCACCUGCCCCCUCUCUGCCCACUUCCCAGAACCAUGACAAUUCCCCUGCCAAUUUAUAAGCCCCAGGAGCUCUGGCUGAAGGCCAGGCCCUGGGUGAACAAGCAGGGACCCCUCUUCCCACUCUGGACAGGAUCCCCCUUGGGCAGGAUGAGGUAAAGAGGUCAUUUCUGGCAGCACAAAGUGCUGUGGGAACAGGAAAACUGGGCUGUGGGAUAGACUGACCAAAGGCAGGCUGCCUGGGGCUGUGGUUGGGAAGGGGGAGCCCCACUUUACAGAUUAGCAAACUGAGCCCUGCUGGUGGGCCUCCCUCCGGGAUAUGAGAAAACUUUAAGCCUAGAGCCCAAAGAGCCUGGAGCAAACCCCUCCUGCAGGCCCACGUGACUGCUUCUGUCCCGUCAGCGCGGGAAGGGCUCCGAGCCACUGGCUGGGCCACACCCUAGGUACUUGAUGUGUCUGUCCCUGUUCUCCUGUUUUUGCCUUCCCUCCUUAGCCUUUGCCUUUUCUCUCUCCCCUGCCUUUCCUCUGCCAAUCUGUUCCUGGGCACCUGUCUCCAUCCAUUCCUCCUCCUGCUUCUGAAUCUCCUCACACAUUCUUCCUGUAUCUCCAUCCUCUUGGUUGUGUGUCUCUGGGACUUGGGGGCGUGGCCAUCGGGGUGUGGCACGGUGGGCGUGGUUUGAGGGGGGUCUUCCCAACAGCACCUUCAGGAUCCCUCCUGCCUUCCUCUGGCAGUGCCUUUCCAGUCUUGCCCAACUUGGGACUUCUGCACUUGCCUCAGCAGCCCAAGAAUGAGGCACCGCCCCGGUCCGCCCUGUGCCCUUCUGGCCUCGGCAGGCAUUGCUGAACCCCUGACUCUCAGUCCCUGGGCCAACUUCCUCCAAGAAAUUAGCCUUCAGGCCUCUGGGGAAACCGCGCUGAGCGCUCCCGAGGCCCAUCGUGAGGAAGAAUGAGUAUGAAUUCAGGGUCGAGUUUCCUCCACCCAGUCAGCUGUUCAGAACAGAAACAGGAACACAGAAAAUGCAGACACCCUACCGGAUUGGCCUGGACAGGGGACACCCCCUGCUCCCCCUGCUGGACUCAGGCACAAACAACGGUUUCACAGCCUUUUCAUUUCCUAAUUGAGCACCUGCAUGAAAGCAGCUGGACUUGUCAGCCCAAAGGAAGAGCACUGCUGCCCACUGGCCUCUCCCUCGGCUCCCUCCGGCUCCACCUCAGCUCUGGGCCUGCCUGCCUUGCCAGCAUGCGCCUCCUAGUGCCCCUGCAUGGAGCACAUUGUCACCCUGUUUUUCCCAUGGGGGCAUCCAGGCUUAUCUCCCUUUUGUUCUGUUUUAAUGGAGCACCUAGGUACCUGGGCAGGGGGUGUUGGGGACAUUAUCCCUGUCCUCAGAGCGUUCACACUACCUUUGGGGGGCAGCAAGAAAGAGCUGGAAUUUUUCUGAGAUCCAAGUGCCCUAGCAGGGGGAUAGGUCUCAGUCCAGCCCAAGGAGGGUCUUUCUCUUGACCUGACCUAACCCACCUGGUAGAGGGAGUACUGGGCUCAGUUGUGUCCCCCUGAAAACUAUGUUGGAGUCCUAGCCCCGGCACCGGUGAUGAUUUGUGUCCUCAUCUGAGAAGUGGGUCUUUGCAGACAUAAAGUAUGGGUCUUGAAAUGAGAACAUCCUGGAUUAGGCAGUGUCCUGAUAAGAAGACAGACACCGGGGGAGGGCCAUGUGAACAGGAAGGCAGAGUCUGCAAACCAAGGACUCCAAGCAUCACCAGCAGCCACGUGCAGCUGGAAGAGGCAGGAAGGAGCCCCACUGAGCACCCAGAAGGAACCAACCUGCUGACACUUCGUUUUUUGAUUUCUGGCCUCCAGAACGGUGAGAGAAUCAUUUUCUGUUGCUUUAAGCCCCCUGGUUUGUAUGACUGCGGCAGCCCUAGCAAACUAACGAGAGGGUGAGCUUCCCAUUGCAGGAAGCACGCAGCAGAGGGUGGACGGGUAGCGGCACAGUAGGAGAGGCCAUCCUGGGGACUCGGUGCAUCUCUCCACCCCUCCACCCAUCGUUCAGAAUAAGCCUCACCCUCCCCGGCGGGCAGCAUAGCCCUGCUUACAGGUGCAGAUACUGAGGCCCAGAGAGGGCAAGUCCUCGCCCAGAGGCGCACCCUGCUGAGUGGAGAAGCUGGGAGAGCCUGGGUGACCAGGGGCUUCUUGGGCCCUUACUCAGGGGGUCUCCAUGCCCAUCAGUUGUGCAGUUUCAAAUUUAAAGAGAAUGGCGAUGUAAUGGUAUGUACAUUCCGGCACCUGCCAGCAGCAAAGAAAGACACCCUCCCUCCUCAGACUCCUCAGCUGGGCAUUUUAGACUGAUUUGAGAAGACCAGGAGAGACAGGCUCUCAGCCUGGACAGUGCCCAGACCCCAGGCAGCCCUCUCCAGGAUAACAUUCAAAACCUUGCAAGAUCUGGCUACAAACUCCUUUUCCGGAUAACAAAGGCAACCCCAGCACCCCUCUUCCCUCCAGCAGCACUGAGCGGGUGGGAUGCAGGUUUUCCUGGGGCCCCCUUACAUAAAGCCUCCUGACACAGGUGCACUGCACUUUGUGUCCAAGGCACACCUGGCCUGUGUGCUGUUGGUUGGAGUGUCCUCCGGUACACCAAGACGUGGUGAUCAGUUCCCCAUCAGGGCACGUGCAGGAGGCAGCCAAUCAAUGCUUCUCUCUCCCUUCCCCUAUAAACAAACAAACAAACAAAUAAAUAAAUAGUUUUCAAGGCAUUUUCAUACCCUCCAUCUCAAUCAUUUUAGCUUGAACUUUUGUUUAAGGAAAAAAGGGAAGGAAGGCAGGGAGGGAGGGAAGGAGAGAGGAAGAAAACGGAUGCCCAAAUAUAACGUGGGGCUUCAGUAGGUUUACAGUUGUUCAUAUGAAAAAUAAUGCAAUAAUUAAUUAGUAAUAAUAAAGCAUAAGCUAUGUUUUGAAUACAACUGUAAACCUACCUUUGCCCACCCUGUACAAACCUGAAGUAGCCCACUGGCCCAGCCCCCCAGUCUCUCCUGGAACUUCUCCCACCGGUGCAGGUAGAUAGAUGCUGGUGUUCGCCUGAUCGUGAUCAUCUUAGAUAAAAAAUGGCACCAGCCUCAUGUCCCCUGACAGGACAGGAGAAAGCAAUCCCGGAGGAGCACUGCUGCAGCGUGGGAUGAGCAGGCUUCACCCAGGUACCCAGGUCAGCAGGUCCAGAGAGUAAGGACAUACCAGUGGGAUCAGAGAAGCGAGCCGCGAAGGCUCAGUAAAAACCCUUUUACAGAAAGUUCAACCCUUUUACGUAGGCAGGACCCGUUUUCAACUCCAUCCUCAGGUGCCUAGCCUGGGGCGGAGUCCCUCUGAGUGGAGGAGGGAGAGUAAUAGGACAUGAGAGGGCGUCUGGAGUGAGGGGUGGGCUCCUUCCCUGGGCUGAGAGGAGGGGACAGCCAGCGGAGACCCAAAGGGAGGGAAGGAGGAAGCUGGGCCUGGGCACUUCCCAAGGAGGAAGCGAUGAUGCCGGAUUUCCCCCAGGUGUGGCCAGAGGUAUAAAGGGCGCUGUCAGCUGGCCACGGCCAGGCCUACCACCUGGUGACUCCAGAACCACAGCCAGGUGUGCUUGGGACUGCCACCGGGCACACACCAGCUGCUCAGAGCCCAGCUGCCAUCACCACCACCGAGAUGCUCCUCCCUGGCCUUCUGCUUCUGCUCUGGCUAUCUGCCAGCCUGGCCCGCCAUGGUUCCGCACUCUGGGGAGGCCCCCACAUCCACGCCCAUGGGAACCCACGCUGCUACUCGGCCGAGGAGCUGCCCCUGGGCCAGGCUCCCGCACACCUGCUGGCUCGAGCUGCCAAGUGGGAGCAGACUUUGCCAGUAGCCCUGGUGUCCAGCCUGGAGGCAGUGGGCCGUAGGAGGUGGCAGGAGAGGCCCCCAGCUGGGACCCAGUGUCCGGUGCUGCAGUCUGAGGAGGUGCUAGAAGCCGACGUCCACCAGCGCUCCAUCUCUCCCUGGCGGUACCGUGUGGACACGGACGAGAACCGCUACCCACAGAAGCUGGCCGUCGCUGAGUGUCUGUGCAGGGGCUGCAUCAAUGCCAGGACCGGCCGCGAGACAGUGGCGCUCAACUCUGUGCCCCUGUACCAGAGCCUGCUGGUGCUGCGCCGCCAGCCCUGCUCCCUGGACGCGUCCGGGGUGCCCACACCCGGGGCCGUUGCCUUCCACGUGGAGUCCAUCAAAGUGCCCGUCGGCUGCACCUGCGUCCUGCCCAGGGUGGUGCGGUGACCACCGGCCUCAGCGGGCCCCGUGCUGUGGGCGGGGAUCGCCUCCCAGACUGGACAGUGGGGAUCGCUCUGCAGAGGGCCCCUCCUAUUUAUGUGUAUUUAUUGGCUAUUUAUAUGCCCUGGGUGGCCCUGCUUCUGCCGCCCAGGGUCCCUGGGCGGGUACCAGGGCUCCAAGCCUCUAGUUUGAGGGAGGAACAGUGAAGACUGGGCGCGGGAAGGGCCAAGUGACCCUGCGCUGGUCAGCCCCUCUCAACACUGUUACCUUUCGCACAGACAGUGAGCUAGAAGGAAUGUUACUAUUUUUCUAUAACUUCUUAAAACAGAAAAUGUGUUCUGAUGGCCCCCACCUUGGUGGUCCCUCUGGGAUCCCCGAAGCUCCUUUUUCCCAUCACCCCUGUAUUUCUAAAACUAUUUAUUGUAAAGGUAUGUUUUUAAAUUGAUAAACACCC